GUGGGAAGUGGAAGAAAAGCCACACCUUGAAACUACUACCUGCGAGUCGGAGGAUUAAGCAGCAAAGGAGGGGAAAAAGAGCAAAAUCACCCGGGGUCCCGGCAGACAGGGAGUGAGGGGGCACCCGAGGAGUGGGCAGGAGAGGCAGAGACCCCCGGCCUGGGAGGUAAAUCCACAUCUGUGACUUCAGUCCCGAGUUUCGCUGCAGCUGCUGCCAGUUUCACUUGAAACCAGGGGGAGGAAGCAGCCUCUGCUCAGCGGAACUUCCACACCUUCCCGGGAGUCUGAUAGAGGCUGCCACUCAUCUCCCACCAGAGACAAGAGAAAGGAGGGCUCAGCAGUCUCCCCUCUCAGGAUAAUAUGAGGAACUCCGAUUCCAACCUGAAAUACAGCCACAGACCGGAGAGUAUGAACGGCUUCGAGGAGGUCGUGGAAUUCCUUCCGGCCACCAACACCAAGAAGGUGGAGAAGCGGGGUCCGCGCAGGAAGUACGUGGUCAUCGGCGUGGUGCUCGGCGCCGCUCUCCUCUCCCUCACCGUGGGGCUCCUCGUGUGGCAUUUCGCCUAUCGGAACGCCCGCGUGCAGAAAAUGUUCACCGGAAGCCUGAGGAUCACCAACUACCCGUUUAUCGACGCCUACGAGAAUUCAACGACCCCGGAGUUCAACCAACUGGCCGAGAAAGUCACCGACAUGCUGAAGACUCUGUACAGCGGGCACCCGGAUAUCGCCCCGUAUUUCAGCGACUGCAGCGUCACCGCGUUCAGUGAGGGCAGCGUCAUCGCGUAUUACUGGGCGGAGUUUGCCGUCCCUGCCUAUCGGGAGGAGGCGCUGGAUAAGGCGAUAUCGGAGUUAAAAGUACAGAACGUGAAUCUGAGGAGGAGCUUCCUGGCCGUGGAUUCGUUCGAGUCGUACCCUAUCGAUUUCCAGCUGGCGAGAAAGUUCCGGGACAACAGCUGUAACUACUUUCUACACGCCAAACCCGGGGAGCUGACCAAGUUCUCCAGCCCGGGCUUCCCCAACUCUCCCUACCCUCCGAACACGCGGUGCCAGUGGGUGCUACGCGCCGACGUCGACCACAUCAUCAGCCUCAAGUUCAAAACGUUCAAGAUGGACACCUGUAACCUGCCGCGGGGAGACUACGUCAAACUGUACGACUCGCUGAGCAUCGCGGAGGCUCGCACUAUGAUGACGCUUUGUGGGAGUUAUCCUCCGUCUUACAAUCUCACCUUCUUCUCCUCCCAAAAUGUGAUGCUGAUCACCAUGGUUUCAGACGACAAAGGAAGGCAGCCGGGGUUCAUGGCGGAAUUCAAGCAGCAGCCUUCGACCAUGCUGUGUGGGGGCACAAUCCGAAAUUCCGAAGGGGUGAUUACUAGUCCGUUCUUCCCCGGCCAUUACCCCGCGAACAAGGAAUGUAUCUGGGAUAUCCAGGUUCCGGGAAAUAAGUUUGUGAAGCUGCGGUUUAAUAUGUUCUACCUGCUGGAACCCGGCGUCCCCGUCAGCUCGUGCACGAAAGAUUACGUGGAGAUCAAUAACCAGAGGUACUGCGGGGAGAAACAGCCCUUCGUAGUUUCGAGCAACAGUAAUAAAAUGAUGGUGCGUUUCCGUUCCGACCAGUCGCACACCGACACCGGCUUCACGGCGCAGUACGUGUCGUACGAUUCUGAGAACCCGUGUCCCGACCAGUACACCUGCAAGAGCGGCCGCUGCAUCAGCAAGGAGCGCCGCUGCGACGGGUGGAACGACUGCAUCGACUUCAGCGACGAACUAAACUGCAAUUGCACGGCUGAUCAGUUCCGCUGUAAAACCAGCACCAUCUGCAAACCCCGCUUCUUCCUGUGCGACGGCGUCAACGACUGCGGGGACAGCAGCGACGAGCAGGACUGCAAAUGUCCAGAAAAUAACUUUAAAUGUGCGAAUGGAAAAUGCAUCCCCAACGCGCAGAAAUGCGACAAGAACGACAACUGCGGAGACGGAUCCGACGAGCUGGACUGCCCCGCGGAGCCCAAAACCGCCUGCACGGAAUUAACCUACAAAUGCAAGAACAACGAGUGCAUCAGCAAGACCAACCCGGAGUGCGACGGGGAAAAGGACUGCGCCGACGGCUCGGACGAGGACGCCGAUAAUUGCAACUGCGGGAAGCGCCCGUACACCCGAAAGACCAGGAUUGUAGGGGGGGUGAACGCCGAUAUCGGAGAGUUUCCGUGGCAGGUCAGUCUGCACACCAAGAAAGACGGACACACGUGCGGAGCGUCCCUGGUUUCACCCACAAUCUUGAUCUCUGCAGCUCAUUGUUUCCAAGACAUGCAAGGAACACGGUAUUCCGACCCCUCCUUGUGGACGGCGUUCCUGGGUUUGCACGAUCAGAAGCAGCGAACCACCAGCAAGGACGUGGUGGAGCGCUCGAUAAAACGCAUCGUGCCGCACAGAAGCUUCAAUGACUAUACGUACGAUAACGACAUCGCCAUGCUGGAGCUGAGCAGCCCCGUGACCUACACCGACUUCAUCCAACCCAUCUGCAUCCCCGAGAGCUCCCACAACUUCCCCGUGGGCAAAGGCAUAUGGGUCACGGGCUGGGGGGCGCUGAGCGAAGGGGGUUCUGGGUCGGUGGUUCUACAAAAGGCAGAGAUCCGCGUAAUCAACUAUAAUGAAUGCAACAAACUUCUCGACAACCAACUGACGGCCCGCAUGUUGUGCGCCGGGUUUGUCAGCGGCGGCAUCGAUGCCUGUCAGGGGGAUUCUGGCGGACCCCUGUCCAGUUUGGAAAGUAAUAACAAGAUGUACCUGGCUGGUAUAGUCAGCUGGGGCGAUGGCUGCGCGAGGAGGAAUAAGCCAGGCGUCUACACAAGCGUCACAAACAUGAGGGACUGGAUACGGCAGAACACGGGCUUGUAAUGAAGAUUUACCGGCGCUGUGAAGGACUUUAUGUGUAUUUUUAAAAGUCAUCGAGUUUAAUGGAAUAUUUUUUUUAAAAAAAACAGAAA